AUGAGACGGAAUUUUUGCCCCGCCGCCUUUUCCUGUUGGGCUCUGCUUGUGCUGUUCAGGGAAGCCGCACCCAAAGCCGUGUCCUCUCUGAAUCUUACUGACGGAUGUGGAGCAAGGCCUGCAGUGGUUAACAUAACAGCAGAGACUCGAAUUGUAGGUGGACCUGUUGCUCAGCUUGGAGCAUGGCCAUGGCAAGUUAGUCUUCAGGUUUAUCGUGUUGCUUCAGGUCGAUAUUGCCAUAUAUGUGGUGGAUCUUUAAUUAAUAAGAACUCAGUGCUGACCGUAGCACGCUGCGUUAAGAAAUGGGUGAACCCAGAAUAUUGGAGAGUUGUGAUUGGUUUACAUCAUCUUUAUAAACCUAAUUCUCACACCAUAAGUCGUCGGGUAAAAAAUAUCAUUGUCCAUUCUGGUUUCAAGUGGGACAGCUAUGAAAAUGACAUUGCGAUGUUUAAACUUCUGAAGUCUGUUAAGUACAAUAAAUAUAUUCAGCCUAUCUGCUUACCUCACAUUUUUCAUCUAGUGGCAGAUAAGAACCCAUGUUACAUAAGUGGAUGGGAAAAGAGAAAGAAAAAAGGCAAUAUUCAAACUGAAUUACAAGAAGCUCAAGUAAAUAUUAUUCCACUACAUAUAUGUAAUAAAUAUGAAUGGUAUGAAGAAAGAUUAUCAACUAAUAUGAUUUGUGCUGUCUCUCCAAGUAAUAGCUGUGAGGCAGACAGUGGUGGACCUUUGAUGUGCUACUUCCCAAGUGUAUCUAAAUACUAUCUGAUAGGCAUCACCAGUUUUGCCAGUGGCUGUAAUCAACAUCAUUAUCCAGGACUCUAUAUUCGUACAGUUAGCUAUAGAAAAUGGAUAGAUUUACAUCUUCAUGAUAAAACCACAACAGUGAACAUCCAAAGUAUCCUAGUUCUUUUAACUAUGGAAUGGGUAACCUUUCACCUUCUAUAAAUAGAAAUGUUC